AUGGCAAUCAAUAAGGUCGUCGUCUUGGCUCUCUUCUUCGCCGCCGUCAUCGGCGUCGCCUCCGCCGCCGCCCCGGCAGCCACCGACGCAGCCGCCGCCGCACCUGCUGCCUCCCCCGCCGGGGAUGACGUCAUCGGCACCACUGACGGAUCGGCUUCCGCACCCACCGGCAACGGCGAUGUCGCCCCCGGUCCUCUGGGAACCGGCCCCGACGCCGGCGCACCCGCCGCAGAGGCUCCCAAGAGUGAUGCCAGCUCCGUCACCGUCUCUGCCGCCGCCGCUGGUGUCGCUGCUGUUGCUGGCUACUUCGUUAUGUAA